CCCGGCCUAUAAUGACGAAAACGGAAAAGGGGCGCGGUGUUUGAAUGAACGUUUGCAGAGCUCAUUGAACAAAGCAGAUAGCUAACUGGUGACGUUAGUGUGUUUGUAGCUUUUAUAAGUGUUUAACCACUGACAACGUAUUCUGUUUUAAAAAAUGAGAAAAAGAAGUAGCUCUAGUGGCAGCAGGAAAAGCUCUGCCAAAAGACGCCCUGAGAAUUUAAGCUUUGACGAAUUCGGUUUUGCUUUGAGUAAGGGAAAGAAAAUACAUCGAUGUCACGAUUACAGCUAUCCCCAGCUCAGCGCCACCCGGGUAAAGGACCUGUGUGAGCUGCUUAGCUUCUGGAACGGAUCCAGUUUUAUAUGCAGGAGCCAGAUGGAGCGGUCUAUCCGGAUGGGCAUUCCUCCGGUGUUGCGAGGCCGUGUGUGGAAGUGUCUGCUGAACAUCGACAGCCUGAGGGAUUCCAGUGCCUUUAACUAUCAGAGGUGUCUGACUGAGAUCCGUGGGCCACUGGUGGACCUGGGGGUGAGUGAGUACAGCAUCCUGUCAGCCAUCGCCACGCUCAACGACACCGAGAACACCCUGGGAGCCUGUCGGAACGCCCCGAACCUCCCUCCGGACUCCACCUUCUCCAGCGCUGAUGUCACAGUGUUCCGUCAAGUGGCUCUGGAUCUGCAGCGCUCCUUCCCAACGCACCGCUCGCUGAUGGGGGAAAGUCCGGAGGCCAUCGAGGGUCAGGCCAAACUCUUCAGGGUCUUAAUCGCCUACGCCAAGUACAACUCCAAGAUUGGCUACACCCAAGGGAUGUCGUACAUCGCCGCGGUGCUGUUGAUGCAUCUGGGUGAGGAGGAGGCCUUCUGGGCGCUUGUGGCCCUGCUGGAGCAGCCCAAGUACCUGGCUCAGCUGUUCGACUUCUCCCUCAACAAGGUCCAGCACCAGGUGAAGGUGUUCCACCAGCUGCUGAAGCACAGGAAGCCCCAGCUCUCCCAGCACAUGGAGGACGUGGGAGUAUCUCCCGUCCACUUUGUGAUGCCUUGGUUCCUGACCCUGUUCACCUCGCUGCCCUGCUGGGACUCUGUGCUGGCUGUGUGGGACCUCAUCAUGUUGCACGGGCUGUCGGCGGUGUUCCGGGCCGGCCUGACCGUCCUGCAGCUGCUGGAGCCCAGGCUGCUGGCCCUGGGGGACGAGGCGACCACCCUGCCCCUGCUCCUCAGGGUGCCUGUGGACGUGUCUCAGUACAGCGUGCUGGUCCCGGCCUUGUGGAGCACAGAGCUGCAGGACUGGGAGAUCACCUGCAUGACCGGCCUGGUUCUGGAGGAGGCUCACACUGGACAAGACUCUGACACAGGUGAUAGUGCUCCGUCACAGCCUCUCUUGGAGAAGAGAGAGCAGAAAGAGGAGGGGAUGGAAGAGAAGGAGAACGAACCUGCAAAAGCGGAGGAGAAGGAAGAGAAG